AAUCUUGACCGAUUUGUACAUCAACUUGUACCUCUUCGUAUCUUCACGUCCUUUCUUCUUCCUCUCUCUCUCUCUCUCUCUCUCUCUCUCCUGCACAGAAAUAAAAAAGAUUCAAUUUUUACUUCACCCCAUUAAUUGUUAAUGCAGUAUUAUACUUGAGCUAUUCCGAAGUUUCCAAGUUUUGCCUGUUAAGCCAGGUAAAUAUCACAUGCCUCACCGUGAAUUUAGCUAGGAUUUGAGUGCUUCUAUGCAGUUGCCAAAUGUCAAAUUUUGUUGGUUUCUUGAGGUAGCUUAAGAAGCUGAUGUUGCUUUUUGUUGUUGCAAAGUAGAAGUCAGAUUUGAGUAAAUGUACAUUGAAUGUGAGAGGUCGUGACAAGGUUCGGAGUAGGAAAGGCAGAUUACGGUUGAGGCCUUUUAUAUUUUUGGGAUCACUAGAUUACAAGCUUCCAGGAAGGAUUGUGUCUAAGAUAGCUGGAUAUAAAUCCAAUAUACUGGAGGAAUUUGUCGAUACAUUGCUGGCAGUAGUUUUAGGUUCAAACAGCAGAAAAUAAGGGUUUCAAGCCUUUUUUUAGAAAUAUUGUGAAACAAGGAGCAAAAGUGCAAUUUGAAAAUGGGGCAGUAUGCACCAAUCUGGGAUCAUACAGCAGCAAUUGAAGUAACAAAAGAUUGGAAUGGGAUUGAUCAGGUUUUGCUUCGUAACUCUCAGGGUGCCUCUUUACGGGUGAGCUUGCAAGGAGGACAAGUUACUUCUUGGCGGAAUGACAGAGGGGAAGAGCUCCUAUUCAACAGCAGUAAGAGCAUCUUCAAGUCUCCGAAAGCUACACGAGGAGGAAUCUCUGUUUGCUUUCCACAGUAUGGAAAUGGUGGUUCACUUGAGCAACUUGGAUUUGCAAGAAACAAAAUCUGGACCAUUGAGGAUGACCCUCCAUCUCUAUACUCAUAUGACCCGCAAGGAAAAUCUUUCAUUGACUUACUGCUGAAACCUUCAGAAGAUGAUCUGAAAUUCUGGCCUCAUGGUUUUGAGUUUCGCCUUCGGGUUUCGCUGGCAUCAGACGGAAGCUUGUCCUUGAUAUCUCGUGUUAGAAACAUCAAUGGCAAACAAUUCAGCUUCUCAUUUGCUUAUCAUACAUACUUCUCUGUUUCAGACAUAAGUGAAAUAAGGAUUGAAGGUUUAGAAACACUGGAUUAUCUAGACAAUCUGUGCCAGAAAGAACGCUUUACAGAACAAGGAGAUGCUAUAACUUUUGAAUCUGAGAUCGACAGAGUCUAUGUUAGUUCUCCAAAUCGUAUUGCUGUUCUUGAUCAUGAAAGGAAACGAACAUAUCUGAUAAGGAAGGAAGGAUUGCCAGAUACUGUUGUGUGGAAUCCAUGGGAUAAGAAAUCCAAAGCAAUGGCGGAUUUUGGUGACGAGGAGUACAAGCAGAUGCUUUGUGUUGACGGGGCAGCAAUAGAGAAACCCAUCACAUUGAAGCCAGGAGAGGAAUGGACUGGUCGUGUAGAGCUUGUGGUCGUGCCAUCGAGUUUUUGUGAUCUUUAAUCCUUAAAAGUCUGGGCAGAAGAUUUUAGUAAAGGCUCAGCAGCUUAAUGAGGAACUACAAAUUCUAUAGUAGGUUUAUUUACUUGUUAAUGAUGAUGUAAUGAUGUGUUGUUAUACUAGUCAUUGAACUGCUGUUAUGAACCGCCAAAGCCUAUUGUUUUUUUUGGAAUGGCUGCUUGGUGUUUUAUCUUCUGAAAGAGAAGUUUUCGCAGA